AUGUUCAUUGGCAUUACAGGCACAAAAUGUAGUGGCAAACAUGCCAUUGCAGAGUACCUUGUAAAAUAUUGUCAUUUUACAUUUUUAUCUCUCAAAAAGAACAAUGAUCAGAAUCACGAAUUGUAUUCCAAUUGUCUUAUGUUUGACACAUUAGAUCAAAUGCAAAUCUAUGUCACCGAGCGAUGGAGAGAGGAUUUCGUAACUUGUGAUAUUGAUGGGCAUGGUCUCUGGAUUCUCAAGAAAAGACCAUUCUUUUUACUUGUGUCUGUUGAGGCACCCGUGUUUGUGCGUUACAAGAGAUAUCUUAAAAAAUCGACAGCUCCCUUGUCAUUGGAGGAUUUUGUACUUCAAGACGAUCAUAGCCUGUUCCAAAAGAUGUCUUCGCCAGCCUCAAAAGAAAUCGUACCUCUGAAUAUAUUAAUUUCUCACGCAGAUGUCACAGUGACAAAUGCCUUCCAAACUUUGGAUGAACUCCAUAUUACAGUCAAGAGUCUUCAGCUGAUGAAUAUUGAACGAUUAAGACCAUCGUGGGAUACUUACUUUAUGCACCUGUCCGAUCUUGCGUCCAGACGAUCAAAUUGUAUGAAGCGACGAGUGGGAUGUAUAUUGGUUAAACACUCUCGAGUCAUUGCUACAGGCUAUAAUGGAACACCACGUGGAUUAAGAAAUUGCAACGAAGGAGGAUGUGACAGGUGUAAUGAAGCAGCACCGUGUGGAACAGGAUUAGAUCGAUGUCUGUGUAUGCAUGCAGAAGAGAAUGCUCUUUUAGAGGCAGGACGAGUAAGAGUGGAUGACUGUGAAGGCACAGUUUUAUAUACCAAUACUUGCCCUUGUCUAGGAUGUGCAAUUAAGAUUGUCCAGCAGGGUAUCAAAGAAGUUGUUUACUCCAAAUCAUAUGGAAUGGACCACAUGACAGCCAAGAUCUUUAAAGAAGCCAAUGUAAAGCUUAGACAGCAUAGCCCACCGCCAAUACGUCUGGAAAUCCAAGCUGAUAUCAGUGCUAUCGAUGGAUCCAUUCAGGGCCAGUUGGGAUGGUCGACCAAUUAAGCUCACAUUCGGUGAUAAUUUGUCCUAUGACAUCAAUGUAUACAUAUAUAUAUAAUGUUUAAGUAUCAUGCUAAUAAUAAUAAUAAUAAUAAUAAUAAUAAUAAUAAGAUUAUUAAAGAAGAUUUGUG